AUGAGCUCCGACUACAACUAUGACGAGGAGGGCUACCUCUGGCCCUUCUUCGUCUUCACGCUCACGACCAUCAUCACCCUCCCUAUGACCUACAUGCUCGUCAACCGCACGCGCGAUCCCGCCUCACUGUUUCCUCGGAUCCAGUCUGACUACAGGCCCAAGCACGAUGAUCUCGUGGCCGCGCAAAAGGCCAAAGACAAGCGCGCUCAGCGCAAGAUUGGCCUGACGCUGGCUGUCAUUGCAGGAUGGGCUGUCAUGGGUUACAUGCUCUAUCUCAUCCAAAACACCGAAGUUCCCACGCAGACUCUCUGGAACCCGUAUGAUAUCCUGGGCAUCUCAGAGUCUUCGAACGAACAGUUGAUCAAGAGCACCUACAAGAAACUGUCCAGAAAGUUCCACCCCGACAAGAUCAGGCCUGACCCGGCCAAGAACGAGACGAUGGACGAUCUCAAUGCCCGAUAUGUCGAGAUCUCCAAGGCAUACCAGGCUCUGACUGACGAGGAAGUGCGCAAUAACUACAUCCAGUAUGGCCACCCCGACGGAAAGCAAAGCUUCUCCAUUGGCAUCGCUCUUCCCAAGGCCAUGGUCUCCGAUGGAAACGGUAGAUAUGUCAUCCUAGUCUACUUCAUCCUCUUCGGUAUCCUGCUUCCCUACCUAGUUGGUUCAUGGUGGUACGGAACACAACGCCAAUCCAAGGAAGGUGUUCUUAUGGAGAGUGCCAACAGGCUGUUCCGCGAGUAUGAGGAAAACAUGGACGAGGGCGGCGUCAUCACGGCUCUCAGUACUGGCAAGGAGUACGAGGAGAUCUUUAGAGGCGACAAAGUCGACUCGGGUCUUGCCAAGAUUGAGUCGAGGAUUACUGCUGCUGGCACUGGGUCACCCUUUGCUUGCGGCAUGUCGGUCAAGGAAAAGGAGAAGCUCAAUAACCUCGACAACGGCGUUCGAAGAAAGGUCCUUUCCCUUCUUUGGGCAUACCUCGGUCGAGUCGAGCUGGAUGACGAGGCGCUAGAGCGAGCAAAGUUUCAGGUCGCACCUAUUGCACAGGCACUGACCAAGGCCUCCACGGCUAUCGCCCUUGCGUACAGCAACACCACUCCUAUCCUCGCAUCUUACUACGCAAGCCAGCGCAUCAUUCAAGCAAUUCCACCCAAGGCAUCCCCCCUCCUCCAGCUUCCUCACUUCACCCCUGAGGUUGCCAAGGCACUCGACGGUGACUCCAAGAUCCCCAUGUCUGUACAAAAGUUCAUGGACCAGCCGGAUUCAAAGAGGAGAGCCCUGACCACGGAGAAGGGACUCCUGAAUGACAAGCAGUACAAGACCGCUCUAGAUGUUGCCAAGCAGUUGCCUUACCUCCGUGUUGCCAAAGCUUUCUUCAAAGUCACUGGCGAGAAGUUUAUCAUCCCCUCAUCUCUCGUAACCCUUGUCGUCAAGGGCCGAUUCAUCCCUCCUGGAAGCGAGAAGGUCCCCCAGAUCAACGAGCUGGAUCUUGAGGACAUCGAUCCAGCAGAGGACGACCUAGACGCGCUCCUCGGCAGGACACCCAAGAAGCCUGUUGGCAAGACAGUCGACGGCAAGCCCAUCAUGCCGCCUGCCAAAGAAGACAAGCCUAUCCUCCCUCCCCUAGCCUACGCCCCUUACUUUGGUCGCGACCAUUCGCCCAGGUGGCAUGUUUUCCUCACAGACUCAAAGCAAGGCAAGAUGGCUGUGCCUCCCUUCACCUUUACACAGUUCGACAAGCCCAUUCUCGAGGCUGAUGGCAAGACACCGACCUUCGCCAUGCAGACCCUCAAGGCCCAGUUCCAAGCACCCCCUCAGGCCGGCCACUACACGUUUGUGAUGCACGUUGUGUGCGACAGCUAUGUUGGGUUUGACACCAAGAUGGAGGUGACGCUGGUAGUGGAGGAGGCCAGUAGGGCAGCAGAGAUGGCUGCUGAGGACGAGAUCAGUGAGCCUGACGAGGAUUCCAUUGCUGGCAUCAUGAACGCCGCAAAGGGCGGAGCGCCACCGCCCAAGAAGAAGAAGGCAGUGGAGGAGGAUGACUCAGAUGAGGAGAGCGGAACGGAGGAGGAGGAAGACGACACGAGCGCGACAAAUACAGACACGGAGCCGGAGAACUAG